GUUACCUGGCCUUUUAUAACGCUCUACUAAGGUAUACUCAGAACCAGAAGCUCAACUCUGGGACGCGCUAUGAUCAGGCAGUGUGCUGGGCACCUAAAGCAGUCACUCCUCAGCGGCCCCUCCCUUCGGGCUUCGUCGCGGAAGCGCCGGCCAAUGUUGAAGGCCCCCAAGAGGCGGCCCCUCUGCGCUUCUGCGCUGACCGGGAAAGGCCUGGGUGCCUGCCCAUCUGCCGGGAGCAGAGCCUGAGCUCCUCCGCUCCACUCUGCCCAUGAGGGGAUGCAGAUCCAGGAAGGUGAAUUAUAUUUUAAUGUACUGCAGGUUGUAUAUUAUGGAUGGAAACUGUUAAAGUUUAUAAUGUCAAAAGCUUUUCUUAGAUCAAAGGUAACUUCCAUGAAGGUGACAGACUGGGUAGACCCAUCAUUUGAUGAUUUUUCAGAAACUACGGCCUUCUCUGCUGUUCCUACCACAUCUUUAGGGGUGAAUAACUCAAGUCACAGAAGGAAAAAUGUGCCUUCCACAUUAGAAAGCAGCAGAGCCCCGGCUAGAAAAAGAGGAAAUCUGUCUUCCUCAGAACAGAUUUAUGGUCCAGAAAAUUUCAAAGAAUAUUUGUCUGAAAAUGAACCAUGGGUAGAUAAAUAUAAACCAGAAACUCAGCAUGAACUUGCUGUGCAUAAAAAGAAAAUUGAAGAAGUUGAAAACUGGUUAAAAGCUGAAGUCUUAGAAAGGCAACCAGAACAGGGUGGAUCUAUUUUAUUAAUAACAGGUCCUCCUGGAUGUGGAAAAACUACUACUAUAAAAAUACUGUCAAAGGAACAUGGUAUAGAAGUACAAGAGUGGAUUAAUCCAGUUUUACCAGACUUCCAAAAAGAUGAUUUCAAGGAGAUAUUUAAUUUUGGAUUUACCAAACCAGUUUUACCGAGAUUCUCAUACUUUACAUGAAGUUCUAAGGAAGUAUGUGCAGAUUGGCCGAUGUCCUCUUAUAUUUAUAACCUCUGACAGUGUCAGUGGAGAUAAUCAUAGGUUACUAUUUCCCAAAGAAAUUCAAGAAGAGUGUUCUAUCUCAAACAUUAGUUUCAACCCUGUGGCACCAACAAUUAUGAUGAAAUUUCUAAAUCGAAUAGUGACUAUGGAAGCUAAUAAGAAUGGAGGAAAAAUUAUUGUCCCUGAUAAAACUUCUCUAGAGUUGCUCUGUCAAGGAUAUUCUGGUGAUAUCAGAAGUGCAAUAAACAGCCUCCAGUUUUCUUCUUCAAAAUCUUUCUCUUCAGAGCUUUGGGGAAAAUUCUAUAUUGUAAAAGAGCACCUUUAACAGAAUUAGACUCUCCUCGGUUGCCUUCCCAUUUAUCAGAGUAUGAACGGGAUACAUUACUUGUUCAGCCUGAGGAAGUCGUAGAAAUGUCACACAUGCCAGGAGAGUUAUUUAAUUUAUAUCUUCACCAAAACUACAUAGAUUUCUUCGUGGAAGUAGAUGAUCUUGUAAGAGCCAGUGAAUUUCUCAGUUUUGCAGACAUCCUCAGUGGUGACUGGAAUACACACUCUUCACUCAGGGCAUAUAGCACAUCUGUUGCUACUCGAGGUGUGAUCCAUUCCAACAGAGCCCGGGGGUUUGCUCACUGCCAAGCAGGGGGAUCAAGCUUUCGACCGUUGCACAAACCGCAGUGGUUUCUAAUCCAUAAGAAGUAUCGGAAAAAUUGCCUGGCAGCAAAAGCACUUUUUUCUGAUUUCUGCCUACCAGCUUUGUGCCUCCAGACUCAACUGUUGCCAUAUCUCGCACUCCUGACCGUUCCAAUGAGAAAUCAAGCUCAGAUUUCUUUUAUCCAAGAUAUUGGAAGACUUCCUCUGAAACGACACUUUGGAAGGUGGAAGAUGGAGGCCCUGGCCGACAGGGAGCACGCCCUGAUGGACCCUGACAGCGGAGAUGAGGCCCUGCUCGGCAGUGGGGCUCUGCCUACCCCGGAUGGGGAUGCCCAGGGGGAGCCCCAACCAGCCGCCCAGCCGGAAACGUCUCUGCCGUUGAGCCAGAGCAGUGGGAGCGAGCUGCUGGCCAGCCAGCCCCAGCCCUUCUCGAAGCUGGACAUGGAGGACGAGGGCGACGUGAUCAUAGAAGAGUACGACAGCGACGGGACGUAAGGGCCCGCCUGCCGGGCCCCGGGAUUCACUGGCAUUUUCUCGGAUGAAUUACAAGCAGUUGUUCUUCCUCUUCUAUUUCAUCACGAGCACCUGGCUCUUCUGCCAUCCUGGAGUACAUGGGCGAUCAGGCGUCCAAGCACUCUGAGUCCUUUCUCUAGUAUUUAUUUAGUCUUGUGACUGGGUUAGGGAGAGGUGUUAAGUGUUUAUGCCAAACAUCAGAAAAUGUGAAGGAAGACCCUGGAGAACAAAAGCAGUAUAGAGUGUUGUAAAUAGACCACAGUGUAGGAUGUAAAUAUGAAUAUAAAUAAACGUUGUGCCUUAUUUACAAUUUGUCUCCCAUCUUCUCAGAUACCAGCUUUUAUAUGAUGUACAGUGCAGUAUUUUAGAUACCUUUUAGAAUGUAAUCAUAAUUUAUAUCAAGAUUAAAAUGUUGGAUUUCA